UUUUUCUUCUUCUUUUUUCCAUCUUUUCUCUCGAACUCUCUUACCAUUUCUUAGAAUUUGUUCUUUUUUCCCAUCUUUUUCUAAUUUCUUUUCUCUUAAACUCUCUUGUCAUCUCUUAGAAUUUGAACAAGCUAAGGUAUUUUGGAAAGUGUUACUUUUAAUUGUUAUAGAAUAUCCUUCUUCAAUUCUCACAUUUUUCUUUGAUCAAUUCCUUUUUCAAUUGAUUUUUCUUCGAUUCAAUAUGCCAUUUUUUUAGAAUGAGAAACAAUAAGAACGAUUAGCGUGAAGAUUUCUAACUAUAAAAAGUGAAUUGAGAAGAUGACAGAGGGAGCAACAAGCCAGAGCAAAAAAAACCUAAUUCUCAAAUUAAAGUAGUGAUUUUACAUGAUGCAAAUAUAAACAGAAGACUAGAAUUUAUAGUUUGAGCUAGGUCAGUCAUUCAUACAAAAAAAAUGCAAGUUCCAACCAAUUUAUUAGGCAAAGUGUCGACUGGCAAAUUAAAAUUUGAAAUAAAGAAAUGACUAUAUACCAAAAAAAAGGAGAGGAUAAACCAACAGCUAUGGUCGUUAUUAACGCUCACGAGGCAACAAAAUGGAAACCCACUUCAUAAUUUCUUCAAAAAUGGAGCGUUUGAUUCUUAACAAUCCAAACCCAUCUUUAUCCAAACCCUUUCUUCUCAAAACCCCUUUUCUUCACUCUGUCUUCGGCCAUCAAAUCACUCCCCGGACCGCCCAAAUUCGCAGUUUCAGUGUCACUUGUAAGAAUAAGGCCUCGCAGGACAAGAAGCUGAAGAAUGUCAGCAACAAGAUUGUGCUCUCGGAAGCAGCGCCGCCGCUUGCAGAGGAGGAGAGCGAUAAGAGUGGAAAUGCUGAAGCUGAAGUCAAGCCUGGAAAUGGGAGUGGGUCGACGAAGCUGGUGAAGAGAUUGCCUAAAAGGAUUUUGGGAGCUUUAUCUAAUUUGCCUUUGGCUAUUGGAGAAAUGUUUACCAUCGCUGCCCUGAUGGCUCUUGGUACUGUCAUUGAUCAAGGGGAAGCCCCUGAUUUCUACUUCCAAAAGUACCCUGAGGAUAAUCCUUUGUGGGGAUUCUUCACUUGGAGAUGGAUUCUUACACUCGGGUUUGAUCACAUGUACUCAUCUACCAUUUUUCUAGGGAUGUUAGCUCUCCUUGGGAUAUCACUCAUGGCAUGUACUUACACAACCCAGAUUCCUCUUGUCAAGGUUGCAAGAAGAUGGAACUUUUUGCAAUCUGGUGAAACCAUUCGCAAGCUGGAAUGUUCUGAUAUUUUACCCAGAGCAUCAGUACAAGAUUUGGGGGUUGUUUUAAUGGGAGCAGGAUAUGAGGUGUUUAUUAAAGGACCAACUUUAUAUGCUUUCAAGGGAUUAGCUGGACGAUUUGCACCAAUUGGUGUACAUUUGGCCAUGCUUUUGAUAAUGGCUGGUGCAACCCUCAGUGCAACUGGGAGCUUCAGAGGUUCGGUUACAGUUCCACAGGGACUAAAUUUUGUAGUUGGAGAUGUUCUGAACCCUAGCGGAUUUCUCUCAAAGCCAACUGAAGCUUUCAAUACUGAAGUUCACGUCAAUAAGUUCUACAUGAACUACUAUGACAGUGGAGAGGUAAAACAGUUUUAUAGUGAUCUUUCUUUAUUUGAUCUUAAUGGGAAAGAGGUUAUGAGGAAGACAAUCAGUGUAAAUAAUCCUUUACGGUAUGGAGGUUUUACAAUCUACCAAACUGAUUGGGGAUUUUCUGCUCUGCAAAUACUUAAGAAUGAUGAAGGACCUUUUAACUUGGCUGUGGCACCUCUAAAGAUCAAUGGGGACAAGAAGCUUUAUGGAACUUUCUUACCAGUUGGCGACGUCGAUUCACCUAAUGUGAAGGGAAUAUCAAUGCUUGCUCGUGAUCUUCAAUCCAUUGUCCUGUAUGAUCAGGAAGGAAAGUUUGUUGGGGUUCGACGUCCAAGCUCUAGGCUUCCAAUUGACAUCAAUGGUAUAAAAAUCGAAAUAGUUGAUGCUAUUGGCAGCACUGGACUGGAAUUAAAGACCGACCCAGGAGUACCCAUUGUUUAUGCUGGAUUUGGUGCUCUAAUGCUCACAACAUGUGUCAGUUAUUUAUCCCAUUCACAGAUAUGGGCCAUACAAGAUGGGACGGUAGUGAUCGUAGGAGGAAAGACAAAUCGUGCGAAGGUCGAAUUUCCAGAGGAGAUGGACCGUUUACUUGAUAAAGUUCCAGAAAUAAUUGAGCCAUCACACAAUAAGUUGAAGAACAAUGAUGCCUAGUUCUUAAGACUCAAGAAUGGGUUAAGAGCGCAACAAUCUAUCAGUGUCCAACUUAACAACCAAGCACAUAAUGGAGCCCCCGAGUACUUCAAGUUUUGGCCUCAGAAAAUUAUGGUUGGUUUUCUUCCUAUAUAUAUGUGUAUAUAUAAUAUAUAUAUAAAUAGAGGAUGGUUUUACCAACGAGUAAUUCUUUCAUCACGAGGAUAAAUUACAAGGUCAGUGAUAAAUGUGAACUCUUUCUGUCUAAUGAGACCAUUGUAUCUAAUUUUGUAUCUUAUACAGCAUUUAUUUUUUAAAA